UAGUCGUCGGACGUCGGUCGCUGCUUGCCACUCAGCCGUUGGACGCCGCCGCUGGACGCCGCUUGUCCCCCCGGUGGACGUCGCUCGCCGCUCACCCCAAUGCCGCUUGCUGCUCCUUUCCGUGUCAACAUAUCCCCAUUGAUUGAUACCGAGGGUAGUCAGAUUCAUGUUGUUGAUCAUGGUGCUCCUUCCUCUGUCAAAGUAGAGGAAGGAUCAAUCUGGUUAUAUACUACCAAAGGGUUCGAGGGUUCCCACCCUUUCACUGUCCAAGCAAACCACUCCGGUUUUUCUGAAGGUAUCGAGGUUGGUGAUGAGCUCGUUAUUGAUGGAGGCAUGGCAAGUUUUGAAGUCAUUGAAAAGAUUAGGAAUGAUUUGAAGUGCAAGUGCAUAGAUUCUGGUUUGUUUCUACCUUGCGCAAAGUUUAGCUUUUGGUGAGAUGGGAAGCUUGUUAAGAGGAAUUACAAAUUGCCUACUCUGUCAAGAAAGGACUGGGCUGACAUAAACUUUGGAAUUGAUGAAGGCAUAGACUUCAUUUCAAUGUCAUUUGUAAAUGAUGCUGAUGCUGUCCGCAACCUUAAGGAUUACAUUUCCACCAAAUCAUCCAAGUAAGUUGAAGUGGUGCAUGAAGUAUGCAAGAAAGGAAGUCCUUUAGUUUCUGAAUUGGCUAAGAAUAUUACUAGUUGUCUAUUUCAUCCUAUGGUCUAAUUCAUUGAUUAGGUGCCACAAAAA